GACGAGACGUUCAAUGUAUUGAUUGGUAACCGGAAAUGGAUUCUCAAACACGACAUCGAAGUGGACGAAGAGGUGGACCGCGAGAUGACUGCACUCGAAGAGGACGGGCAGACAGUCUUCUUGUGCGCCAUUAAUGGCCGACUGGUGUCCACUCUGGCGGUGGCGGAUCCCAUCAAAUCGGAGGCGACGCUAACCAUAUAUACGCUGAGGAAUCGGUUGGGUUUGGAAGUGAUUCUCCUGACGGGCGACAACCUGUCGUCGGCCACAGCCAUCGCUCGCAAAGUAGGCCUCAAACGGGUCUUCGCCGAAGUGUUGCCUUCGCAUAAAGUGGCGAAAGUCAAGGAAUUCCAGCGGAAAGGCAUGAGAGUAGCGAUGGUCGGCGACGGUGUCAACGACUCGCCCGCCUUGGCUCAGGCGGACGUCGGCAUUGCCAUCGCCAACGGCACGGAUGUGGCCGUCGAGGCGGCAAACAUUGUCUUAGUUCGGGUCAGUUGUGGUCAUCACGUGAUCACCCGAUCGAACGAUUUGUUGGAUGUCUUCGCGACCAUUGAUUUGUCGCGAAAGACUGUCCGUCGGAUUCGUCUCAACUUCGUGUUCGCCAUCGUCUACAACGCAAUCGGUAUACCACUCGCCGCCGGACUCCUCCUGCGAUGGGGUCUUAUUCUGCAGCCAUGGAUGGGGGCGGCGGCGAUGGCCGCCUCCUCUGUCACUGUCGUCUGUUCCUCACUAUUGCUCCGAUUAUACCGAAAGCCGACGCGAAGACAGUUGGAAACCAAUGAAUACCACAAAUACUUAACACGUCUUAACAUUCACAACGACUUGGACUCACUUUCGCUGCAUAGGGGGGAAGACAUCGAUAGAAAUAGACAUCAGUUUCACAUCAAAUCCUAAUUUAAUUUUCAGAUAUAUUUAACAGAAAUAUGUUUUCAAUUGUUUUCCAAAACAGUAUUUAUUAUAAUAUUUAAUUCGAUUUAUUCGUAUUUUUAAGUCCAGAAUAAUUCAUUUAUUUUUAAUGUAAUGAAUGGAGAAAUAAAUAAAAUGUAUUCAGAAUUCAUA